AAACAGUACCUAAUAAUAAAAAUAAUAAUAAUAACAAUAACAAUAAUUAUUAUCAUUCUUAUUAUUGUAAUAAUGUAAUUAUUUGCGUUUAGUACAAUACGAACGUUUCAGUGUGUAGGUGCACAUUGUAAUGGAUAGAUAGCAUUAAAAACGGCAGUGAACAAUAUUAAUAAUGUGAUAAUAUGUUAUUUUCAUGACAUUGUAAUAUUAAUAAUAAUUAGUGUAAAAGUGAAAACAUAAUAUUAAAAUACGACACUGCGGUAUCACAACACGUACGGAAGAGACCGGAUGUAAUGAAGUUCAUACGGAAUCGGAUAUCGUAACAACCGACGAUAAUAGCAUAUUAAUAACAUUAUAAUAAUUAUUAUUGUCACCGCGUGCGGCCGUUCCGGUUCUGUCGUCACCGACCGAUGGGACUGCAGCGGGCGAUGAGGCGCCACCGAGGAAGACUGUCGUCCGGACUGCGGUCGGCUGGUGCAUCAUCGGCGGCGGAGGCGGUUGCGGCCACUGCGACUGUGGCCGUCUCCUCGGCUGCAGCCGUGUACGGCGUGGGCUGUGGCGGUGCCGCGGCGGUGGCCGCGUCCACAGUGCAGACGACGUUAUAAUAUAUCGUUACGCCGUGCGCGCGAGGACGCGGCACGGCGACGCGCUCAGUGUAUAGAUAUAGAUGAGUGGCCGCGGCGGCACUGGCCUUUGUUCGGACCGGAAACCGCGUCGGAAACGCAUUCAGAGGUCACUGCCGAAACUCAGUACCCAAGACGAAGACGGCUGUGGUCCAGGGGCAAGUCUUGGCACAGGCCUCACACACGGUCAUCCUCAACACUGUUCGGGGAGCGCAACAUUCGAGCCGAUACCACACGAUCACGAUUUCUGCGAAAGAGUAACAAUCAACGUGAGCGGUAUGAGGUUCGAGACACAGCUGCGGACGUUGAACCAGUUCCCGGACACGCUGCUGGGCGACCCGUGUCGACGGAUGCGGUACUUCGACCCGUUGCGCAACGAGUACUUCUUCGACAGGAACCGACCGACGUUCGACGCCAUCCUCUACUAUUACCAGAGCGGUGGUCGACUGAGGAGGCCAACUACGGUGCCGUUGGACGUGUUUUCCGAGGAAAUAAAGUUCUACGAACUCGGCGAACUGGCCACCAAUAAAUUUAGGGAAGAAGAAGGUUUUAUAAAAGAAGAAGAGAAACCACUGCCAAAACCCGAGUUCCAACGGAAGGUGUGGCUAUUAUUCGAGUACCCGGAAAGCUCCCAAGCCGCUCGAGUGGUGGCCAUCAUAUCCGUAUUCGUCAUAUUACUGUCCAUCGUGAUAUUCUGUCUAGAAACAUUGCCAGAGUUCAAACACUACAAGGUGUUCAACACGACGACUAAUGGUACAAAAAUUGAGGAGGACGAGGUGCCUGACAUCACCGAUCCGUUCUUUUUAAUUGAGACCAUAUGCAUCGUGUGGUUCACGUUCGAGCUGUCCGUCCGCUUUCUCGCCUGCCCUAAUAAGUUGCACUUCUUCAAAGACGUGAUGAACACGAUCGACAUAAUCGCUAUAAUACCGUACUUCAUCACAUUGGCCACGGUGAUUGCAGAGGAGGAGGACCCCACGAUGAACCUGCCAAAAGCGCCGCAGAACCCGCAGGACAAGAGCACCAACCAGGCCAUGUCAUUGGCCAUACUCAGGGUCAUCCGGCUCGUGAGGGUUUUCAGGAUAUUCAAACUAUCCCGACAUUCCAAGGGAUUGCAAAUUCUCGGGCGCACCCUAAAAGCCUCCAUGCGAGAACUGGGACUGCUCAUAUUUUUCUUAUUUAUCGGUGUGGUGCUAUUCUCGAGCGCGGUGUACUUCGCCGAAGCCGGCUCAGAGAAUUCCUUCUUCAAGUCCAUCCCGGACGCAUUCUGGUGGGCUGUUGUUACCAUGACGACUGUGGGCUAUGGUGACAUGACACCAGUGGGCGUGUGGGGGAAAAUUGUCGGUUCACUGUGCGCGAUUGCCGGUGUGCUCACAAUCGCUCUGCCCGUGCCCGUCAUCGUGUCCAACUUCAACUAUUUCUAUCACAGAGAGACUGACCAAGAAGACAUGCAAUCGCAGAACUUCAACCACGUCACUAGCUGCCCUUAUCUUCCCGGUACUUUAGGUCAACACAUGGUGAAAUAUCCUUCGGGCGGUGACUCGACGUCGGACCUGAUGGAUUUGGAGUCGGCCGACAAUUGUCUGCUGGACGCGGAGCUGGACGAACCGCCUCUGUCGUUGCCGCCGCCGCAGCAACCAAAAAAGUUCAACAGCUGUGCCACCGUGGUCAGGCUCAACAACAACAGCAUCAAAAGGUUCAGUGUCGAAACUGACGUCUGACUAGCAGUAUUCAAAUUGCAAUCCGGCGGCCGUCCAGGUCUCCAAACGCCUUUAAGGUGCUGUGCUGUGAUAGCUAAGAUGUUUCCUUCGUUAAGUUACCUCCGACAAGUUUAUUUAUAAUAUUUUUUUAAGCGAAUAUUAAUAACGAUAAUAAAAAUUGUACUCAGAAUCUCACUCUUUUGAAGGGAUAAUUUUCUAAUAACAUAUUGAGCCAACAUAAUAAUAUUAUAUAAUGCAUAAUACCACAAUUAUUAUUAUCCAAA